CCUCAUCCAUUUCUCUCUCUCCCCAGGACAAAUUUUCACAAAGAGAGAACAUAGCCAUCACAGCUUCAAACUCUGCAGAUCAGAGAGUGAAGAUGGUGAGAGCUCCCUGCUGUGAAAAAAUGGGUCUAAAGAAAGGGCCAUGGACUCCUGAAGAAGAUCAGAUUCUGAUCUCUUACAUUCAGAAGAACGGCCAUGGAAACUGGAGAGCUCUUCCUAAACAAGCUGGACUGUUGAGGUGCGGGAAGAGUUGCAGGCUUCGAUGGACGAAUUACCUGCGACCCGACAUCAAAAGGGGGAAUUUCACCAAGGAAGAAGAAGACACCAUUAUCCAGUUACAUGAAAUGCUUGGCAAUAGAUGGUCUGCAAUUGCAGCGAGAUUGCCGGGGCGAACGGACAACGAAAUUAAAAAUGUUUGGCAUACCCACUUGAAGAAGAAGCUGAAAGGCUAUCAGUCGCCUCAAAACGCCAAGAGACAAUUUUCCGGCAAGGUCGCCGGCGCCGUCGCCGGUGACGGUGACGUCGCCGGAGAUUCUAGCACGACGACGUCGGAGGACGAUGGGUCUACCGGGAUGAAUGUUUUGGUGUCGUCGCCGGAGAGGUCGUCGUCGGCGUCGAGCGAGAUGUCGUCGGUGACGGAGGGAGUGGCGGUGGACGCGCCGGCGGUGGGGGUGAAGCAGGAAGACGUGAACUCGUCGCCGGAGUACUUGCCGGAGAUCGACGAGAGCUUCUGGACGGAAGAGGCGGCGGCGGGUUUGCCUUGGGUGCAAGUGGACGAGUUCCCGGUGGUGGGCGCCAGCCUGGCGAACAGUGAUGAUGUGGACAGGAUGAUGUGGCAUUCGACAACGUUGGAUGAUGACAUGGACUUUUGGUACAACGUUUUUGUCCGGUCGGCUGGUGAAUUGCCAGAAUUACCAGAGUUCUGAUAGGCUGUAGCAUAGAGUUAGUGUCUUAGUGAUGUUUACUAUUUAGGGAAAAAAAAUACACUAAAAAAGUGAAAUUUUUUUUAAACUUUGAUUUACGAGAAAAUUACAGUAGCUAUCUGAAAGUGCAUGUAAGUUGAGAGAAAUUUGCUUUAUAGUAUUAGUCGACAAAGGACUACUAGAGGUAAUCAACUUAGAUUAUCCAUAGUUGAAUAUCUCAAAUCGUGAAAAUCAACAAAUAACUCUAACAAAGAGUCUUUGAAAUUUUAUGGUUAUCAAAUCAAUUUCUCGAUUAAAGGUGUUUCAGUUUGGGACAAAGGAUGUCCAAUGAAUAUUUCAAAUUAUGGAAUUA